UCCUCCUCCUGAAGGAGCAUCUUCUGCCGCUGACGUCAUGACAGCAGCAUCAGCUGUUAGCUCCGCCGCUGUAAGCCUCUCCACUGGCCGUCGCUCCCCGCACAAAGGAAAUAUAUGAGAUCCCCUCUAAUCCCUGAAAUGGCGACACAGGAGGUUCAGCAGAACGAGACUCUGGCCCACCUGAAAACCGAGUCGGAGACGCUGAAGACCAAGCUGGAGGAGGAGAGGGCGAAGCUGCACGACGUCGAGCUUCACCAGGUGGCAGAUAAAGUGGAAGCCCUGGGUCAGUUUGUCAUGAAAACCCGCAGGACUCUGAAGGGACACGGCAACAAAGUCCUGUGCAUGGACUGGUGCAAGGACAAAAGGAGAAUCGUCAGUUCCUCACAGGAUGGAAAAGUGAUCGUAUGGGAUGCUUUCACCACUAACAAGGAGCACGCUGUGACAAUGCCUUGCACCUGGGUGAUGGCCUGCGCCUACGCUCCAUCUGGCUGCGCUGUAGCUUGUGGGGGCCUGGAUAAUAAAUGCUCUGUGUACCCUCUGUCUCUGGACAAGAACGAGAACUUGGCAGCGAAGAAGAAGUCGGUGGCGAUGCACACGAAUUACCUGUCUGCCUGUAGCUUCACCAACUCAGACAUGCAGAUCCUGACGUCCAGCGGGGACGGGACGUGUGCAUUGUGGGAUGUGGAAAGCGGGCAGCUGCUGCAGAGUUUCCAUGGCCAUGCUGCAGACGUGCUCUGUCUGGACCUGGCCCCGUCUGAGACUGGAAACACGUUUGUUUCAGGGGGCUGCGACAAGAAGGUCAACGUGUGGGACAUGCGUUCGGGACAGUGCAUUCAGUCAUUUGAAACUCAUGAAUCUGACAUAAAUAGCGUGCGAUACUAUCCAAGUGGAGAUGCUUUUGCAUCUGGUUCAGAUGAUGCCACAUGCCGCCUGUACGACUUGAGGGCCGACAGAGAAGUUGCCAUUUACUCCAAGGAGAGCAUCAUCUUUGGGGUCUCCAGCGUCGAUUUCUCGCUCAGUGGUCGGCUACUGUUUGGCGGCUAUAACGACUACACCAUAAACGUGUGGGACGUUUUGAAAGGAACUCGGGUCUCCAUCCUGUUCGGACAUGAAAACCGGGUCAGCACUCUGCGCGUCUCCCCCGACGGGACGGCCUUCUGCACAGGAUCCUGGGAUCACACUCUCCGGAUUUGGGCCUAAACGUGCUCCAUUUGAAACCACUGAAGGCACACAGACGUUUCUGUUUGCUAGCGUACAAUCAGCGAGAUAGAGACUCAGUUUUGGUUGUACAUAGGGCAUAUCAAUAGAAUUGUAUAUAAUCUUGUCCUUUGGUCAGGGUAGAUUUAAAUAUUUCUGAGAUGUUAAACUAACCGGCACGCUUGCAUUACAAUGUCACUGAAAGAAAAUAGCACAGAAAUAUUUAAUAUGUUACAGAAAAUAUGAAUGGUAGAGACUUGCACUGGUGUAGGGUAGAAGUGACAAUAAAGUAUUGUAUUGUGUGUGCCCACAUAACGGACAAUAUUUAUUUGUUUUCUUCACCGGUGGUAAUGAAAGAUGCAGUCUGAGGAGGAAAACCAAACAAAUCUAACGGGGUAUGAGGAGAGCCCCUCCUGUAGGGCUACGAUUGGAGAAAAUUAUUAUUUAAUACUUAAUUAAAAAAAUUAUUAGAAAUGGCCAAUGGGCAGUAGUGAGAGUUGACGUAAAAUACAACAAAUAAAACUGGUGAAAAAAGGUUUAAAAAAUUAAUAAACUCUGUAUUUUUAGCAGCCUUAGCAAACUGAAGUAAAUAAAUUACAUUUAUGCUUAGAGUUUAUAAUUUUGAUUUUGUAAUUUUGCAAUAAUAAACCAGGCUUUUUUAUUUUAUGUUGUUCAGUUCUUCAAGACAGCUUCUCAGCAUAAAUAUUCAGUCAUAAUAAGCCACUUUCUUUUUUUUAAGGACUCCAGCUUCUAAUUCAAGUACUUCUAUGUUACAUUUGAGAAAGAUUACAAGAAUGUACUCCUUCCCAAGCAACUGCGUGAUGGCUGUAAUUUCAUAUUCACUGUAAUUAUUUUGCUGUAGUUUAGUGUACAGAUAUAAAAGGGACUGUUAUUCAGAAUAUUAUAAAUCUAAUAAACCAAGUUUUGAAUAUC